UCUUCGUUGUAGGCGUGUGGAAGGCGCGUAUGUCCACCAAAUUCGUCAGUACACGGCACGCUAAUCCUAAAAUAAUAUUUAACAGUUAGGCCUAAUAUCCUGCGUUUGUCUAAGUCUCGUCUUUGAAACUGAACGCCGCAAAUUGGAUAUCAUUGAUGUCUCAUUUUAAAAGACGGACAUUCAAGCCUUUAACUGAAGUUGGAGUUUGACUCUUGUGUGCUGAUUUUUUCUUUUUCUUUGGAGUAGCCUGCGGUCAAUUCCGUACUUUGACUUUGAUCGAAUGGGAUCGUCUAAAAUUCAGACAGCAGGAUCUAACUGUACCGAACAGAGACAUGUGGAAGAGGGUCUCUCAUAAACUUUUGGGUCUUCGUGUGUAUUGCAGUAGCAGGACUAGUGUAUAGGUGUGGAUUUUGGAAUCUCGACCAUGGGCUCUCUGAAAGCUUUACAGGUUUGGUGCAGAAACCAGUGUGAAAGUUACAGUAAUGUGGACAUUACAAACAUGUCUUCAUCCUUCAGAGAUGGACUGGCCUUCUGUGCCAUCAUCCACAGACACAGACCUGAUCUCAUAGAUUUUGAUUCCCUCUCAAAAGAAAAUGUCUUUGAGAAUAACCGUCUGGCGUUUGAGGUUGCUGAGAGUGAGUUGGGUAUUCCAUCCUUGCUGGAUCCAGAAGACAUGGUGUCCAUGAGCGUGCCUGACAGAUUGAGCAUCAUCACCUAUGUAUCUCAGUAUUAUAACUACUUCACCAACAACUCUCAUACUAUGUCUAAAAAACUCAAGAGCCCUGGUGGUCCUGGUCACAUUAAACCAGCCAUAAAGAGACCAUUUGCUCCUCCAGAGGGCUGUGACGCUCAGACUGAGUCUGGUGCAGAUAGCCAACCAAAACGCAGUACUCUGAGCAGCACCUGUUCAGUCUGUGGAAAGCAUGUUCACCUGGUUCAGAGGAUCCUCGUUGAUGGCAAACUUUAUCAUCGGAACUGCUUCAGAUGUAGGGAAUGCAGCAGAACUUUACUUCCUGGGUCUUACAAGUUUACAGAGGAUCCUGGAUCAUUAGUGUGCACACACCAUUUCUCCAGAUCUGCCAUUAAUCAGAAUGGUCGUUCAGAUAUGAGUAAUCAACUAGACAAAUUAAACUCAACAAGCCCAGAAGACCCAAACAAUAGGAGUUUAGAAUCUAAAGCAUCACACAUCAAUGCUGAGAUCAACCCAGAGAGAGAGGAAAUUAAAGAAAUAGAAACAGCAUCAAGUAAGAAACCAGAUAGCAGAUCAAAAGUUGAGACAGAACAUGAAGCACCUGGUUCUUCUAGUCCACCAAAUCCUUUUGAAGAAUCUGAAGAGGUGGAUCAGGACACACAGCAAGAAGACCACAAGCCAGCCACUGAUGUAGCCAGUGGCAAUGGUCCAGCAACUUUGGUGAAAAGUACUGCAGCAGAAGGUCGACCGGUUCCAGCACCUAGACGGGUAUUUGAGCCCACCCCUGCUCCUCGGCCUGUACCCAGGCCACGUCCACCCAGACCCUCUGAAAGCCCCAUUCUCAAUGGAGAUCCUGACACUCCAAUUUCUCCAACUCCUGUGCCAAGAGAAAGACUACACUCACCUGCUCGCUCUAGCAAGGCUAAUGACACUCCUAAACCAAAAGAACCACCCUGGCUGGCUCUUGUCCAAUCAGAAACAAAGAAGAAAGCAGCACCUCGCCCACCCACAGGUAUGGCUAUACCUCCUUGCACUGGUUCAUCUCCUUCUCAAAAGGAGGGGGAAUCAAGACCAUCGUCUCCUCCAAAUCCCUUUGAUAAUGAUGAGGAAGAAGAGCCAGAAACAUGUCCUGAAGAUCCCCCUGGUCCUGUGGUGGCUAGUCAUCCUUGGUAUAGGAUCACUCAGGCUGCUGAAAUCACAGCUGGGGACACAAGAAGACCAAGUCCUGCCCCUUCUGAAAGUCCCAAAAGUGUCCGAAGGAAGAAGCGUCCAGCACCAAAAGCACCGAAUUCUUCUACAUCAGCUUUUCUUUCAUCUCCGACUUCUUCUCCUGCUUCUUCUAUAGCUCUGAGCACAGAGAGCCUUUCCUCCUCUUCCUCAGACCACAGUGCAGUCCCCCAGCAACCUGCUGCUAAUGAACAGGACCGUUUGUUUACCAAAAGUGUGUCUGAACCAUCAAUCAACGCUCCUGCUUCUGCCCUGUCCCAAAAAACGAAGCUUCAACCUCACUGUUCUCCAAACCUGCCUCCUCCACCACCACCUACCAACACCAGCUCAGCACCAGCUACUCCACAAACCAGUCGCAGUGUGAGACCACCACCGUCCCCUUAUUCACAGACACCCAGCACUCCAGGCAAGCGCACUUGUAAAGAGAAUCCAUUUAAUCGGAAGAAAACCACCACUGUAAGCUCUUCUGUAUCCAGACCCCCAAAAGGGCCCCGUCCUGCACGACCUCCUGCUCCUGGACAUGGAUUUCCUCUCAUUAAACGCAAAGUACAGUCAGAUCAGUAUAUCCCAGUUGAAGACAUCCAUGUAGAGAUGAGUGACCUGGAGAAACGGUUGGAUGAAUUAGAGCAGAGAGGGGUGGAUCUAGAGAAGAGCUUACGAGAAUGUUCAAAUGACGAUGAGGAGGAACAUCUACUUGUUGACUGGUUCACUCUGAUUCACGAAAAGCAUUUACUGGUACGGAGAGAGGCUGAACUGGUCUACACAGCUAAGCAGCAGAACUUGGAGGAGAGGCAGGCUGAUGUGGAAUAUGAGCUUAGAUGUUUACUUAACAAGCCAGAGAAAGAAUGGACAUCUGAAGACAAAGACAGGGAAACGCAAUUGAUGGCAGAACUUGUCACCAUAAUUGAGCAGAGGAACCAGAUUGUUAACAGCAUAGAUCUGGACAGACAGAGGGAGGAGGAGGAGGACAAACAAGUAGCUGCUAUGCUAAAGAAAAAAGAGUUCCAUGGACCGGCCGAACAGAAGAAAAAAGCAGGAAAGUUUAAGCCAAUUAAGGUUUUGAAGAGACUGAGCACCAAAAAUGAAGGAGCUAAGGACAACAGUCCCGGAAAAGAGAACAGUUAAAGGGUAAACUUAGCGAAGGAAAGAAAAAAGAAAAAGGAUGUACUACAUGUCUAAUUAACAUUUUAAAAUAUAUUGCUAUAAAACAGAGCCAGUUAUGUUAAAUAGUAGCAGCAGAACUGAUAUACUGCACUACUGCAGUUUAUAAUAUUAAAAAAAAGAACUCUGUCUUAGUCAGAUGCAAAAAAAAAUUUGACUUGGAAAAAAUCUUUAAAAGGCUCAGCCGAUACAUAAUAUUACUUUAAUUUCGACAUUUUGAAGUAAAAGAAAACUGAUACUGAAUGUGAGUCCUAAAUUACCCUGACAAAGUUAAACACAUACCUUUCUUUUAAACUCAUGGUUAUAGUCAUAGGAAGCUCAACGAGAAGCCCAUUAGAUGGUAAUUUAAUAUUUUUCUCUUAUUUUAUAUGUAUUUAUAAAUGGCAUGGAGGUACUGUGUUUCUGUCCAUAUUGAAUUGAAAAAGAACAUGUAGUGACACUUUUCAUGCCCCAUCCAGGCCUUACAUCUGAUAAAUUAAAGAAGCAUCGUUGAGAUGAAUGCAGAAAUGAAUUAACAGACAAAGUUUAAAAUAUUGUUGAGGGGAGAGUGAAGUAUUUCCAUCUCAUGAAUGCUUUUGAAUGAUUUUAUGAUUAACAGUUAUUUGUUGAUUUUUGUCUGCCUGGGUUUGGUUGCACUAGCUGUUUUUAAAAAAAAAGCCUAGUUUGGAACGAAUGUUAAGUUACAAUUUACGCAGUAUUAAAUAUUUGAGAGUUGCACCAUUAAACUUAGUUCAAACGUAACUGUAUGUAUAAGUAUAUACUAAAAAGCCUUCAACCAUGAGUACAGACUGGAACAUAGCAGAGUUUUAAACUGCACCUGUAAGCUUGUUUUACCUGAUUACAAUGCUUUAGACAGGUGUGUUUGUGUUGAUAUUUACACUCGUUUACAUUUUAAAAAAGAGAAUGUAAUGUGAAUAACUGACUUUCAGCUUUCCAGCACAAAACCAGAUCUAAACAGUGCACCUCUGUGCAUCGUUCUGUGGCAAAAAAAAAAAAAAAUCUAAAUGUCAUUUGUUAGUGUUGCACCAGUAUUUAUUUCUCAUUUUAUUUAUGUUAUUUAUAAUGUUAUUCACAGAGUAGCACUAUUCACAUGAGGCAAAAGAGGUUAGAAUCAACCUUAAAAGGUUAAACUGAAAAUCACACCUUUGGUCAUAAAUGUGAAAGAUGUUGAAUAAUUUAAUAUCAUUUUCUUAUUAUGCAACAAUGCAUUACUUAUUCAGAUAGCUUACUAUUUAAAAGUGUGGACUUUAUGUUACAGUUUAAGCAAGAAUUUAUGAACGGCUGGUGCAACCCUCCCCUGGACCACAUUUUAAUACACACAUUGUUUUUAAUAUGAUUAACAUUGAUUAAUACACUGCCUGGCCAAAAAUGUAUGCCUCAUGCUCCCAGAAUCAUUCUGGAGUAUGGCCACUGGAUACAUCAUCUGACAUAUUUAAGAAAUGAAAAGCUACACACUGCAUCAGUUGGGGUUAAAAUAAUUUUUGUCAAAUAUAACAUCCCGGAAACUGUUAAUCCUGCAAUAUAAAUGAUCACAUCCAACUCUUUAAGUAUUUGCUUAUUUAAAUCUAAACUAAGCAAUGUAUUUAAAUAUAAUUAAUAUUUCAUAGACUAAUUCACACAAAAAAUAUUUAAAAAAUUAUAUUAAAAUACUGUUAAACGAUUGUUUAACUCUGUGGUGAGAAAUAUAAUGUUUUUUUUUUUACUGACGGUAUUACUUCAAAGCAUAUCUUAAUCCUAGCUUAAGCUGUUUAUGUUUUGGAUUUCAGUAUGAAUUUUAAGGUUAAACUACCUAAAAGUGUAAGAAAAUGUAAAUUAACUUUUAGUUUGUUAGUUUUGACCAGACAGCUGUGCACCCUGAAGAAUCAGUGACAGAUGAACAUUAAAAUGAGAGAUUACAAUAAAAUCAAUCUAAACCCCUUUAAUAAAAGAAAAAGAAAAAACUUUAAAGCCCCAAGUAUACUUUGUUUUUGUAUGCAUACAGUCAAACAUUAAGCCUAUUCAAGUACACUAUUUGAUGUUGUGCACAAACGAGGGAGGUCGACAUAUGUGCUCUUGAAAGCUUUAUCCAUGUCUAGUGUCUGCUCUAGUCUUCCCUUAUAAGUUAUAGCCAAUAACAAAUCUUUUUGAAUUUUUUUAAACCAAAGCUGAGCUAUCUCAUUCUCUCUUGCUCACAAGCUCUUAUCGAUGCUGCUGUCCAUUGUUUGCAGUCUCCGCUAUUUUGCUGCCGUUGUUUCGUCUGUUUAGUUUCGUUUUCUACUGUGAAAUAAUGGCUCGGCAUUCUAACAGUUUGCUACCCUGAGAUUUUUCUACCUCCCAUUAAAACAGUAAGUAAAACAAUGCAAUACUAGCCAUCAGAUUAUGCUUUCAUUAACAACUACACCUACCCUGACCCUAAACCUACCCUUGCAGUAAUGCAAAUACAGUAAUUAUGUGUUGUUCAGCGUGAGAAAGUUGAUUCAAUAUUGAUGUACACAUGCGCAGUAACCCCUGGUAGGAUGAAAUGUCAGGACACUUGGACAGUGUUGCCACCUCUGAUUACUGCAAAACAUUAUACGUACAAAGUACGCAAGGUUAUAAAAUGCUGUCCCUCGCGUAUGCAUAAAAAGUGAAGUAUACUUAGGGCUUAACUGUAACAAAAGGCAGGAAGAUUGUGCGAUGUUAAGUUUUAAUUUACAGAUGGUUUAUUUUUACUGUAGAAUGUCAAAUUUUGUGAGUUGGGCCUUAAUUGCUGUAAACCCAUUUAUUUGUGUAACUCUGAAGGAGUGCCUUUAAUCUGUUUAAUUUAUGCAUAUGUCAUUGCUUUGGCUGUCAAAUGUCUUUGAAUAUUUUGUUGACAUUUCAGUCUGUGUGUCUUCUCCAAGUAUUUGGAUGUUUAUUUGUAUUAAUCAGAUGCCAGUAUUGUACUUGUUUCGUCAGAGUGUAUGUGUGCCUGAUCAACUCCAGGGCUUUUGGUUUUCUCUGAAACUGUGCUUACGAUAGAUGUUAUCAAAUAUAAACCACUUGAUAAAAGAAAA